AAUGGCUGGGGCAAGAUUGAGCAAGUGGCUGAAAUGAGUGUGAACGCUAUUCUAGAAGAGAUUCUGAUUAAAAGGUCACAACAGAAGAAGAGGACAUCUCCAUUAAAUUACAAAGAGAGACUUUUCGUGCUUACAAAAUCCAUGUUAACGUAUUAUGAAGGUCGACCAGAGAAAAAAUACAGAAAAGGUUCCAUUGAUAUUUUCAAAAUUAAAUGUGUGGAAAUUGUGAAGAGUGAUGGUGUUAUUCCCUGUCAAAAUAAAUAUCCAUUUCAGGUUGUGUACGAUAAUAGCACACUUUAUAUUUUUGCUCCCACUCCGUACAGCAGGGACCAGUGGGUACAGCAUUUGAAAGAAGAAAUAAAGAACAACAAUAAUAUAAUGGUUAAAUACCAUCCUAAAUUCUGGACUGAUGGUACCUACCAGUGUUGCAGACAAACAGAAAAGUUAGCACCUGGCUGUGAAAAAUAUAACUUCUUUGAAAAUGGUAAAAGGACAUUGCCUGCACCAGUACCAGACAAAAAUAAGUUUCCGAGGAGGCCCCCACCCCCGGUUCCCCCCGAAGAAGAGGAGGAAGACGAAGAAAUAGUAAUCGCCAUGUAUGACUUCCAGCCCACAGAAAGUCAUGACUUGAGACUAGAAAAAGGUGAAGAAUAUACAGUCAUUGAAAAAAACGACAUUCAUUGGUGGAAAGCUAGAGAUAAAUAUGGAAAUAUAGGAUAUAUUCCAAGCAACUAUGUAACAGGAAAAAAGUCCAAUGAUCUUGACCAGUAUGAGUGGUACUGUAGGAAUCUGAACAGAAGUAAAGCAGAACAGCUCCUCAGAAAUGAGGAUAAAGAAGGUGGUUUUGUGGUGAGGGACUCCAGUCAACCAGGUUUAUAUACAGUAUCGCUUUAUGCAAAAUUUGGAGGAGAAGGGUCGUCUGGAAUAAGACACUACCAUAUCAAAGACACAGUGACCUCACCGAAGCAAUACUACCUAGCAGAAAAGCAUCUCUUUGACUCCAUUCCAGAGUUAAUUGAGUACCAUAAACACAAUGCUGCAGGACUUGUGACAAGGCUACGAUAUCCGGUGACUCCAAAGAAGAAAGUCACACCAACCACUGCAGGAUUCAGUUAUGAGAAAUGGGAAAUCAAUCCUGCAGAGCUCACCUUUAUGAGAGAACUGGGCAGCGGCCUCUUUGGGGUCGUGCGUCUGGGCAAAUGGAGGGCACAGUAUAAAGUGGCCAUCAAAGCGAUCCGAGAAGGUGCAAUGUACGAGGAGGACUUCAUAGAGGAAGCUAAAGUCAUGAUGAAGUUAACCCAUCCUAAGUUAGUUCAGUUGUAUGGAGUCUGUACUCAGCAAAGACCUAUUUACAUAGUGACAGAAUUCAUGGAGCAUGGUUGCCUUCUGAAUUACCUUCGGCAAAGACGUGGGCAUUUUACUAACGACAACCUACUGACAAUGUGCCAGGAUGUAUGUGAAGGAAUGGAGUACCUAGAAAGAAACGGCUUUAUCCACAGAGAUCUAGCCGCUCGGAACUGUUUGGUGAACGAGUCAGGUGUGGUGAAAGUGUCUGACUUUGGAAUGACAAGAUAUGUACUUGAUGAUCAGUACACAAGCUCUUCAGGUGCUAAGUUUCCAGUGAAGUGGUGCCCACCAGAAGUUUUUAAUUAUAGCCGGUUCAGCAGCAAGUCAGACGUCUGGUCUUUCGGGGUUACCAUGUGGGAAGUGUUUACUGAGGGCAAAAUGCCUUUUGAGACAAACACAAACUAUGAAGUGGUGACUAUGAUUAGCCAAGGACACCGCCUGUUUCGGCCGAAGUUAGCCUCUAAGAAUGUUUAUGAUGUCAUGAUGGUGUGCUGGCAAGAGAACCCAGACAGGCGCCCUACAUUUCAAGAUCUCCUUCAAAAGAUUUAUGCCAUAUCAGAGGAUGCUUCUUGAGAAGGAAUGACAGAGGCACAGAAGGUCACAGUAGAGCUGGCCAGAGAUGCUGCUGUG